AUAAAUCAAUUUUUGAGAGAAUAAAGCCAGACAGAAUUUCAAAUCUGGAUCGUUGGAUACGUACUUUAUGAACAAAGCCAUUUGAGCAUUCAACGGUUGAAUAUAUUCAGUUUGAAUUUUGAGUUUCAUUUGCAAAAAUUUCAACCAUCUAAAUGAUAAAUGAUUAUGGAAACUGUAAAUGAACUGCGCAAACUUCUUGACAUGGAUUUUCCCGAAUCAGAAUCAACAAAGGCCAAGGUCCGAUUCCGAUUGUUGGAUGAUAAAGUGACCAGACAUCAGAAUGUGGUCAAGAUUGUACGAGAUGAUCCAAAGCCCAACCGAACAAACGAAAAACGACCCUUUCUUCGCAAAGGUGACGGAUUGAAGCGGCGGUUUGGUAUUGUCCACAAAACAAACAACAACAACAACAACAACGGCAGCAGCAACAACAACAACCUGGAAAAGAUCAUCAAGUCAACUGUUGACCAGGGAACAGAUCCUAUUUCGGUGAUGGACAACAAUGACGACUGCUCGACAAACAUUGAUUCGGAAGAUUCGUUUAUCGAAGAUGCAAACGAACAGAUUCGAAUGUUGGAACAUCGAAUCGAGCAAUUGUGUCGUUUGAAGGAUGCUAUCGUCGAAAUUGUGGAUGAUUCAGUUUGGCCGGAUGGAACGACGGUAGUCAAGUUUGCCAAUGGCCAAAUGGAGCGCUUGUUGCCAAAUGGCGACAAACAUGUGACCUAUCCGGAUGGAAUACAAGCCUGGAUCAAACGCAGUGAUCACAGCGAACAGAUCCAAUUGGUCGAUGGUUCAACAUACAGCUGUUACGCGAAUGGCGUGCAAAAACGAUGCUAUCCAAACGGCGAUAUCGAAAUCAAGACUAGCACUUAUGUGAAACGAAAGUUUGCCUCCGGAAAAGUAAAGACUGUGUAUUCGAACGGUGUGCAAGAAAUCCUCUACAAUGACGGCCGUUUAUUGUUCAAAGACGGUUGUGGCCAACUCAUCGGAGAAAAUCAUCUCGGAAUGAAAUGAGCGACAAC